AUGCUCAUUAAAAUUAAUGAGGCGAAUGUACAAGAAGCAAAAUUAAUGAAUAGUUUAUUUGGUACACAGUCUCAAUAUAACGCACUGAUAACUCCUGUAUCGAAUGAAAGCGAACCAUUAUAUGUUUACUUUGGUUUAGCAUUAACACAAAUAAUAAAUGUUUAUGAAAAGGAGCAAAUCGUUAAAGUUAAUGUGUGGUUACAACUUCGUUGGUAUGAUUAUCAAAUGAAAUGGAAUCCUGAUCGAUUUGGUCGUCUUGAUAGUAUUCGUGUACCACCGGAUCAAGUUUGGACGCCGGAUUUAGUUCUUUUCAAUAAUGGCGACGGUAAUUACGAGGCAAGUUUCAAAUGUAAUAUCGUCAUUUCUUCCGAUGGACAUAUCCUAUGGAUACCACCAGCAAUUUAUAAAUUGACUUGUACAAUUAAUGUAGAAUAUUUUCCAUUCGAUGAACAGACAUGUGAAUUGAGAUUUGGUACUAGUGGUCGAACUGCUUCGCAAAUUCGUUUUGGUUGGUACGCAAUGGCUAAUUCAAUAGAAUUAUCCGAUUAUGUUCCAUCAGGCAUAUGGACAUUGAUCGAUGCUCCAGCUGAAAUUCGUACUUUUCAAUCAACCGAACCACCCUAUGAAACUCGCUCUGAAAUGGUGUUUUUUCUAAUUAUUCGACGUAAAUCUUUAUUCUAUACAAUAAACUUAAUCCUUCCAACCAUGAUGAUAUCUCUUUUAAGUAUCACUUUGUUUUGCUUGCCAAGUGAUGCCGCAGAAAAAAUGAUGCUAUGCACUUCAAUACUUGUCGCCUUAGUUUUUUUUAUGUUACUCAUAUCAAAAAUUCUUCCAUCGACUUCAUUAAGUAUUCCUUUAAUAUCAAAAUAUUUGAUGUUUACAUUCAUAAUGAAUCUUUUAACCGUAUUUCUCUCAGUUUUAUCCUUACAUUUAAAUCAUCAUCGUACAUCAGUAUUAAUUCCUGUGCCGUAUUGGAUGAGAACGAUAUUUUUUCAUACAUUACCUACAUGCUUAUUUUUAUAUAAACCAUAUAAAAAUCCUCUUGCAAAUCGAAAACACAUAUCAUCUAUAGAUUCUCCCGUAUUAAUGCGAAAAUUAAAAAGUAAUCCAGAUGACGUACCCGAAGAAAUAAAUGAUUUAAUUGAGCAACUUUUAAAAAUCUCAGAUGAUAUAAAAUAUUUAUCGAAAAAAAUUGAAGGUGACACCGAAGAAAUGAAAGUUUAUAAUGAAUGGAAAUAUGUUGCACUUGUAUUAGAUCGUAUUCAAUUGUUUGUAUUUCUUAUUGUUACAUUUAUUGGUACAAUAAGCAUGCUUUUACAAAUACCAAAAUUAUUUGAAUCACAUCGAGAAUCUUUAUUAACAGCUACGCAAUCAACAACAUCAUCUUCAUUAAGAACAUAA